AUGCCUAAGAUAUGGGAUACUUGUUGUGUAUGCAUUAGUCCAUUUGGUAUUACACCUGAUCAAUUACCAUGUGAAUGUCCGAUAGAAGAUUGUAAUUAUCAAUAUUGUAGUAAAUGUGUACAAUCAAUAAAAACAUGUAACAGCACGACUAAUGGACAAUUCUAUUGUUUCUAUUGUCAAAAUUCAUUCGUGGAUGGUGCAAAAGAGAAUGAACUCUUGAUAGAUUUAUUAUGGCAAAAAUAUUCUGUUCAAUACGGUGCCGAUUUAUUAUCAGCAACAAAUAUUAUGCCAGGAGCGCUUUCAAAUGAUAUAUCUAGUAGAGUAAUUCAUGUUCAAUCAUUAGUACAAACAUUAACUGCAAAGAUAAAUGAUGCUGAUUCUAUUCCUGAAGUUGUUCAAUAUCUCAUAGUACGUGCAAGUACAUUUAUCAAAAACUUGAAACAUAUUAAACGCAAUGUAGAUAAAUUGAUUUCAACAAAUAAUGAUGAUGAGAUGAAUCGUUACUUUAUGAUCUAUUUGAAUGAAUUAAAUGGUAAUCGUGAUCAAUCUCGACAAUGUGAAAGUUUUAUUGAAAUAUGUGAACAACUAUUGUAUCAAAUUCAACAAGCAGAAUUCAGAAAAACUUUUCCGUCAUUGAAUAAAGAAAUAAAUCAAUGGGAAGAUUCAUUGUUUACAAGCGAGCAAUUUCAACCGAAAGUUAUUGAUGUUUUCAAAUCACUUGAAGGUGAUCUCGGUCGAAAUAUUAUACCAAGUAUACCAUGUAGAAUAGGUUUGAUUGGUGAAACAAGCGCAGGAAAAACUUCAUUGGCACUUGCAAUAAGAAGAAUUCGAGAUGAUUAUACAACGAAUUUUCAAUCAAAAGAACUUCCCGACAUAAUACUUUCAUCACCCAUCGGUGUUUAUAAAAGUACAUAUUGUCAAUUGGAAUUUGAACAUCUAUAUAACAACGAUAAAAAAGUCAUCUUUGUUGAUAUUGAAGGAUCCAACGAUAGUGAUUUAUGUGUAAAAUCAGGAAAUUAUUUUGAUCAAAUUAGAAAAGCAGAUUGUGAUUUGUAUAUCAUUGUUUUUGAUCACAGUUAUACAGAUGUUCAUCGUCAAUGGCAAGAAUAUAUUGUAAACGAUAUGAAUCGUACGUGUUGGAUUGUACGAAAUAAAGUCGAUGAAUUAUUUAUCAGAACAUUUAAACAAGAUGUUGGUCAAGAUUUUUAUUCCUCUGAUGAAAUAACAAAAAGAAAAUAUGUAGAAAAAAUAAUGCGACGAGUUCGAGAACUUGGCAUCUUAGACAAUAAAGGAAAACACUUAUCUAAUAUAUAUCUUACUUUUAUUUCAAACGAAAAUGAUAUUUGUAAUCAAACUACGUCCAUACUUCCCUAUGUACAAUUUGAUCUUGAAAAAUUAAUUAAUGAUAUUGAAAAUUUACCAUUAAGUUUUCAUGAAAAUCGCCUACAACAGAUAACUACAUAUGCAAUAUCUCGAGUUAUUAAUAUUUGUUUUCGCCGUGGUUAUGCUUUCAAUGUAAUGAAAUAUAAAAUUUUGGCAGGUUUUGCUGCUAUUAUACCAUUUUUGGAUUUAAUACCAAGAUAUUUUGCACGUGAACGAAUUCGACAAAAGUUUGGUGUUAAUACUUGUUCAUAUCUUUGGAAAUGGUGGACUGGUGAAACUGAUGAAUUUCAAGAUUAUUUAAAAGAAUUCGAGAUGGAAAUUGAUGAAUCUAAUUUUAAAACAUCAGCUUUAAAAAAUACGUGUAAACCUAGCAAUGUUUCAAGUAGAGAUAAAGUGAAAAAUGUGUCUUCAAUUGCUGCUAAGACUGCAACAGGUAUUGGUACUGCUGGUGUUUCAAUUUCCGACGAUGGUCUUAGAGCUGCUGGAGUUGGUGCAAUAAACACUGUUCGUGGUUUGUCUGUUGGUUUAAUUGUUGUUGGUGUAGUAUUAACAGCAGGAAUGUGUGCUUGGUCAGCUGUAUCAAAUGGUAAACAAAUGUAUGAUUAUUUAAAUCGAUUAUGUGACGAUCUCAUAUUUAUUAGUGGACAUGUAGCAAUAAAAAUUAUUAAGAAUAAUGAUAAAAUACGUAAAGAAAUUUUGAACUAG